AAACGGCGGCGCGCACCCACCCUGCCGUAGACCGACGGCCACCGAGUGGCGCGAACAUAACUCGUACCGCGGCUACUAGCAGCAGCACUAGCGGCUUAAACGGUCGGCGAUUUUCCGGCCGAGAUCGUAUCGCACGUCGUUUUAUAGGGAUCUGUCGACGCUAUUGCCGGCUACUUAUCGUGCACGCGCAUUUCGUACGGGUUUUUCUUGUGUCUUCCGCCGUCAUCGUCACUCUCGCUCGCGUUCGUGACGUUCUAUCACGUAUUGCGCUCCCGGUGUUCCGAUCUCGGGCUCUUUUUUCUUUUUCUGUCUGUUUUCAGUACAUUCGCGCGAGUAUAGUGUUUUUCGUUACCGAAUGAUCUAGGUUUUGUUCUCGGCGAGUGAGCUGUAUACGUCGGCUUCUCAGUCCAGAGAUUCGCGGGAAAAACUGUCGUACCCAUGUAAUAAACGUUGACCGUGACCGGUAUAGGUAGGUAUGUCGUUUUUGUCUGCUAUAUUAUGACACACAACAUAGUAAUAAUAUAGUAAGUACAAUAAUGUGUGCUUAGUAGCGUUGGUAGUUUUUCGGUUCUCGUUGUCUUUGAACAGCCGGCCGGCAGCGUGUACACGUGAUGCGAAUAUGCGUGUUGAGUAGAGGGGCCUACAAGUGUUCGACCGCCGCCCGUCGCACAUGUCGUUUCUAUACCCGCAAUAAUUUCUCGAGUGUUUUUCGAUAAAAUGUUUUCCACUAUUAUUCCACCUAUAUUAUUAUCCCUCUAAAAUGUUUCCGUGGUAAUGAUUCGUGUACGGUCCAACGGCAAUCCCACAGCUACCGGCCGCCCGUCGUUUCUAAACAGUAUCAGUACACUCUAUCGCCAACCACCCCGCGUGCAACGCAUCCCUACGUCGAUAUCCACCAGAUUUUUUUUUCGUGUCCGUUCCGUGUAUUGUAUGUAUUCGUUCCAACCCUCUCACCCUCCCUAUUCAAUGGCCACCUCUACCACCCCGCCCCCACCCAAAUACCCCUACCUACCACGGCCGUUCUCGUGUCGGCCCAUCACCACGCAUUCGGCAUCUGCAUUCCGCCCGGUCGGCACCGAAUAACUCAUGAAAUAUUGAAACGAUCCGUAACCACCAUCUAUAGGGGCUAUUGUCACAAUGUCGCCCUGUCCCCGAUCCGUUGAUCACUGUCACGCGUGCCAUAAAAUAACUAUAUUUUAUUAUUAUUAUUAAAACGAGUUAACGGGAAGUCGAUUACAUAAUAAUACUGUAGAGUGUAGACACACGUAGACACUAUGGUUAAUAAAUUGUCAACUCGGUGACAAUACAUACUCUGCCAGCGUUUUUGUCUUAGCUACGUGUCUUUUAUCACGUAUCACGCAACACGUCUUUGUGGUAGACCCACUAGAUUCGUAGGCACACCAUGACUCAUGACUCCGCCGUUAUAAUUGCUUCGUCGAUUUAUAUUGUUUGAUUUUUUUUGUUUAUGUAAAUAAAAACUCGCCGUCGAGUGUCGGCUGAUAAAUAUUUUAUCGCGUUCUCUGGGACACUGGCCCAUGGGUUACAUCCGAGACACGUCUAUAAUACAAAUUAACAGCCGUUGGUUGGGUUUACGUUUGUACUGCUUCAUUUAUAUUAAAGGUACCUACGUAGGAUACCAAUAAGGAACUUAAUAGAAUUCCUAAUAAUAGGUUUUCUUCCAUUAGGCUGGGGUUGAUUUAGCGUUGACUUUUUUUUUUUUUUGUUUAUCACCACAUUUUUGUAAAGCCAUGGCUUGCUUCGGCCAUGGUCACUGAUAUAAUAUAAAUCAUAGUAUCAAAAAAAAAAAAAAGAGAAAAUGAAAAAUUUACGAAAAAUGCGAAAUGAAGAUUCAAGUUUUGAAAUACAUAGCACUUACCUGUUACAAAUAAUCAAAUAAUGUGCUUGGAAUGCAAUGGCCUAGAACAUUCAAAAAUAAAGAAAAGAAUACACUGCAAUAAAAUGCGGGCCUUAUUAGUUAUUAAUAAAGUAUAAGUACUUGAACAGAAAACGUCAAAUGAGUACUAUUAAAUUAUAGAUAGUGGGUUUUUUAUAGCUUCACUAUUUUUAGUUAUCUACCUACUUGUCUAUACCUCAAGGUGAAUCAAAUGCUUUCAUGUACCUAGUUAAUGAAUUUAUCGAUUUAGUUUACCUACCAAUUUUCAUUCUUAUUCUUUUAAAUAUCUUGAAUUUAAUUAGUGGUACAUUUUAGGUAGGUAUUAUAUAUAUUUUUUAUUUAUAGAAAUUAAAUAUUAUACAUUUUUUAAUUAUAUGUUAUUAUUUAAUUUUCAAAUUGUUAGGAAGGUACUAAUAUGAUUAACUGUUUUUUUCAAAGGCCAUUUCAAUGUUUAAUUUUAAUUGUUGGUAUUUAAAUAUAUUAUACAUUAAUUUGUAUCAAAUUUUAAUUUAAUAGUUAUAAUCAAUAUUCCCCAAAAUCCUUUAACAGUUAUUUUCUUAGAGUCAAUUUUUAAUAUAAUGAUAAAAAUUACUGUUUAAGAGUAGUUUAAAACAACUAUGAUACAACAUAUAUGAUAGGUACUUAAAUAAAUGUUUACUCUGAUUUUUACUAUUUUACAAAUAACAUAAGUAAUUAUAAUUAGAUUUUCUUUUUCUCAAACAAAAAUAAUUUUUUUCAGAAUCUUAUUGUCUAUAGACACACUUUAAUUUUUCCUUCUUUUUGUUAACAUAUUUGUUAAUGAUUUAUUUGUGAAAUCAAAAUUCUAACAUGCCUAAUAUUUUAUAUUUACCCUGAUAAAACAUUUAUUUUAUCAAAAAUAAUUUAGAAUUAAAUACUUUGAUAGAUAUUCUAAUUUGUUUAAAUAGCUAUUAAACUUUAACCCUAUCAAUGAUAGUUCUAUCUACUAUUUAAAUACCUAAUUAUUUAAUUUUAUUAGAUAUUGAUUUGUAUUAUAAAAAAAGUAUAGAUAAUGAAUGAACCGCACGAGGAUUAAUAAUGUUCUAAUAACGAGAAAAAAUUCAAUAAGUUAAUUCAAAAUAUUAAAAAUAAAAUAAAAUUUAUUUAAUUAAUCCUGUAGGGUACUUCAUUAAAUUUGAAUUUUACUUUUUUUAACACAUAGUUUUUGUGUUAUAAAUUAUAAUAAACUUGUGUUAUUUGUAUUUAUAACAAUAUUUGUUUACAGUUACUAGAAUCUACAGCUAUGGACGAAUCCGAAGAAAAAACAAUCAACCGAAAAAUAUUUACGAAACAAAAUAAAAAUGAACAUCAGGCAAUCGUUUGGCGUAAUGUCAUAUUGUUUGCUUACCUUCAUUUAGCUGCUUUGUAUGGUGUCUUCCUAAUAUUUACCUCUGCCAAAAUGCACACUACUGUUUUCGGUAUAACUUAUAAAUACUAAUAAAUUUUGUCUAUGUACCUACUUAAUUUUCAUUUAUUUUAGCGAUUUUUAUGUAUCAAGUAUCUUCAAUUGGUAUUACUGCUGGAGCUCAUAGACUUUGGUCGCAUCGGGCUUAUAAAGCCAAAUGGCCAUUACGUGUGAUAUUAAUUAUAUUCAAUACAAUAGCGUUUCAGGUAUUGUUAUUUAAAAAUAUAUUCAUUUUUUUUAUUACAUAUCUAUUAUUGUACCUAGGUAAGGUAUAAUAUCUCAGAUAUGAAAUUCUAUAAACUAUAAUUUGUAUUGGUAAUUUUAGUACCUAACAGCCUAAAUUAAUUUAAUAAAUAACUGUCUUAUAAAUUAGGCAAGAUAAUCUUGAUUUUCAGUGUUUAGACAAUGGUUUAAUAAUAUUACUAUUACAAUUCUGCAAAAUACCAUUUUUCUUAAAUUUGUAUAACUUAAUACCUGGUCAUUAUAGUUUUUUGAUAUGUAAAAUUUAAAUCUGAAAUUAGUCUCCUCUAUCAUGAUUCAGGAUAAAUUUUAGAUUCUGAGUGUAGCAAAGAAUGUAUUGGUUUAACUAAGAUGUUUAUUUUAUUAUUAUUAUUAUUAUUAUUAUUAUUUUAUAUAUACUGUGUACAAACAUUUUACAAUAAAUCUUGAUCAGAUAUUUACGCGCGGCACCAUUUCUAAAAGGGAAUGUUGCCCAGAUAGUGCUUUUGGGAUGUCAUUUUUUGAUAUUCCAAUUGGUUUUCAUUUUAUCUAGAAAAAAAACCAGGAUAAAAUGUAAGAAUAAUAGGAAAUUUACGAAAAUAAUGUUUUUAUUAUUUUUCAAUUUUGUUAUUUGUUGUAAUACAGUUAAAAAUAUUCAUAGAGACUUGAAAUUUAGACAGAAAACUUGUAUUUGCCUUUUCUAAAUGAGGUAACAUAAAGAAAUUUUAAAAUCAAAUAUUGAUGAAAAUUGUUUGUCUAAAAAAUUAUGUGGAAGAAAUCUAAUUUUUCAAUAUUUUGUUUUGAAGAUAUAUAUAUUGCCGAGUUAACAAUGAUGGUGAAGUCAAAAUUGAGCAGACUGAUUUAGUUUUGAAAUUUGAAGUUGAUAUUAUGUGGAUAUUGUAUAUGUUUAAAAGCUUUAUAUUGUCCAAACUUAUGUAUGUCUAUCGUAGUCUAAUGAUAUUUCAAGCCUAUUGGUGUCCUAGGUCACGAGUUCAAACCUGUGAUUUGGAAUAUAAUUUUUGCUUUAUUUAUUAUUUUCCUAUUACCUAAACAGAAAAAAAACAAAUAAAUGUAUUUUAAGUGUACCUAGAGACCUUGCUCAGACUAUUUUAAUCUAAAAUACCUCUCGAUUUGUUGCAAACUUCUAUCAACAAUUUUGCUCCGAUUCACAAUUGUAACACUAUUCUGAAUGGAAAUCUGACCAGGAAGGUAAAAUUUGGGACAAUAUUAAACAAGAAAUAAAUAAUGCCUAUUUAAUUAUUUUAUCAUAAUAUACUUAUUGUUGACAAUGCAUCAUUAUCAACUGAACUGCGCUCAAAAUCUUUUUUUUCGUUAGCAAUGGUAUAUUGUUGCUUACAGGUAGACAUCAAAUUCCUGUCUAUAUCCUACCUUCCCAACUUCCCACCUACAACAGUGACUGGACCCAUGUGCAACAUACGUCUGUCUUUUUUUAAAAAUAUCUCUAAUUUAUUUUCCUUUUAUUUAUUUAUUAGUCAUUUCAUUCACAAAAUUUUAAAUAUUAGUACAAAAAUUAUUUUUCAAUGUGUAAUUCCUUUAUUUUAGACGUAUUUUUUGUUGGUGAAAGUGCUCGUUUUUAACAAAUUUAGGACCAGAAUAUGGAAUAUAAAAAAAUAAGUAUGUCCUCUUUAAACAAUUAUAGACUUCUAGUAAUAUGAUUGAAUUAGAACCAAUAGUUUAAAUUUUUAAUUACUCUCAUAUAGAACGUGCCCUAUUACUCGUUCGAGUAUUGCAUUUAUUUUUUCAGAGUUUAUUAAAAUUAUUUAAUCUAGUUACCUUAUAAAUAUUACAUUUUUGUUUUUACUAUUGAUACUGCUUUUAAAUAUUCAAAUUCCUACUUAUUAUUGAUCAAGUUAGUAUUAGAGAAAAAUUAUAUUUUUCAUUUUAAUGCUUUAGUUGUCUAAAAAUAAUAUUUAUUGAUAAACAAAGACACAUCCUAUUGAUCUUGUUUAACCGCGGCCAAUUUGUUUUUAUAAAUAUAUAUAAUUGUAUAAACACAUUAUAUAAACUACAUUUAAAAACAAAGAAAAGAUUUUAAUAAAUAUAAAGUACUUAUAUAUUUUGUUCAAAAUUUAAAUAAUGUCAGAGUUUAUUGUUUUAUAAUAAAUAUUAGGAUGCGUAUUAUAAUGCAAAUUGGAUUUUUUCCUGAAUGUUCUAUAAGGUACAAAAUUUAUUUCUGAUAUCUUAAGAUUUAUAUUUUGCAUUUUUAGAACAUUAUUGAUAGUGUUACUCUUAAAAUUUGAUAAAAAUCUAUUUUGAUUUUCUCUUAAAAGAGAAAAAUUCAUAUUUUUAUUAUUAUGAUUUAUAAAUGUAUUAGACAGAUUUACUGAUUGUACCAAAUAAAUAGUUGUCAGUUGCAAUAAAGAAAAUGAUAAGCUAUUUUUCGAGUUGUAGUCGUAUUGCACUAUUUCCACUGUUGUGUUUAAUAAAUUUAUAUACCUAAUAAAAAAAGUUUUUUUUUUCUACAUUAAAAAUUAUUUUUAGACUUUUUAAAGCAUUUAAAUCUGCACCCUAAUAGUAAAUUAUAAAAAUUACGAUAUUAAAUUAUAAAAAUUAAUUAUGUUGUAAACUUUCUAAUACAAAUUUCUUAUGUAAAAUCAUACUUAAUUAUUGUAUUUUAUGUGAAGAUAUGUAUUAUAAAUUAGUUAAAAGUUUUCAAUAGUGUUACUUAUUUUUUUUUAUAAAACUUUAAAUUAUUAGGAUGUUGUAUAUCACAAUUAGCAAUUUACACCAAUGUUCAUAUUAUAUGUAUACCAAAUUUUAUUUAUAAACACCUUAAAUUAUAAUUUGUUAAAAUUUAGUUUCAAAAUAAUGUGUAGUUAGACAAUUUUAAUAAUUUUUAUGAUAUAGUUUAUCUUAUAGUAUUAUUUUGUAUUACACUUAUUUUGCUUUACAUACAUUUUAUUUUAGAAAGGUUAUCUAAUAAUAUAGUUAUUAUAAUAACUAUUUUAUAUUUUUUCUAAAAAAAAUUAUUUUUCAAUUUUCAUUUGGUAUCAUGUGUUUAUUUGUUAUAGAAUCAUGUGUAUGAAUGGGCCCGUGACCAUAGACUACAUCACAAAUAUAGUGAAACAAAUGCAGAUCCGCAUAACGCAAAUAGGGGAUUUUUCUUUUCACACGUUGGCUGGUUAUUAUGCAGAAAACACCCAGAUAUCAUGGAGAAAGGACGCGGAAUCGAUAUGAGCGAUUUAUUAGCCGAUCCAAUUGUUGCCUUUCAAAAAAAGUAACAUUUUUAAUAUUAUGAUUGAAAGAUUAUAAUAUAAGGAUACUAUAUCUACUAAUACAGGUAUUAUAAGUUUCUGAUGCCAUUGUUGUGCUUUAUCUUGCCUACAAUGUUGCCUGUAUACUGUUGGAGCGAAAGCUGGGCAAAUUCUUGGUUUGUAGCUACCAUGUUCCGAUACACUUUUUCACUAAAUGUUACGUGGUUAGUCAAUAGUGCUGCACAUAUGUGGGGAGGAAGACCAUACGACAGGUAAAAUGAUUUUAAAUGUCAAACUUUGUAAUUAAAUCAAAUUAUCCAUUUUCCAUUUAUGUUAAUAGGUUUAUUAAUCCAGCGGAAAACAUAAGUGUAGCUUUGUUGGCAUUAGGAGAGGGUUGGCACAAUUACCAUCAUGUAUUCCCAUGGGAUUAUAAGGCAGCAGAAUUGGGUGACUAUAAACUCAACAUGACAACUGCUUUUAUUGAUUUCUUCGCUGAAAUUGGAUGGGCAUACGACUUAAAGACAGUGUCAGCAGCAACUGUGCGCAAACGUGUAGAACGAACCGGCAUUGAUGAUGUUGAUAACAAAAACUUAUCAUGGGGUUGGGAUGAUAAGGACUUGCCACAAUCAGAACGAGAAGCAGCUACAAUUAUUAACAAACAAGGAUGAACAGAUGAAACAAAAUGUAUAUUUUGAAUUUCCAUUAUGAGUCUUACAGAGCACCAAGCUCUAAUAGUGUAAUAGUGUGUAUUAUGUAUGUUGUACAUAUAUUAUAAUGUUUACUUCAAUAAUUAACAUGUAUUUGUUUAUAAUUUAUUAUAAUGUACACAAUGUUAAGGUUGCCAUAUUAUAUUAUUAAACUUGCUCAUUGUUAAUUAAUCACGUAC